AUGAGAGAAAAACCAAUUCUUUAUAAGGAUAUCAAUGGAUUCAUAACAUGUUCGCUUUGCAACGGAUAUUUGAUCGACGCAGCAACAAUACCGGAGUGUUUACACACGUUUUGUAAAACAUGCAUUGCAGCUUACUUGGACAAUGAUGAAGAGGACAAUACACGAUGUCCAAAAUGUGAUUCAGUUAUUGAUCAUGUUAAUCCAUGGCGUGUCUUAGUUUUCGAUCGUACAUUACAGUCAAUUGCUUAUAAACUAGUUCCUCAUCUUUAUAAAGAGGAGAUUGAACGACAAAUUGCAUAUUGUAAGGAACGAGAUUUGCCAUAUCCACCUGCAUUAGUUGAAAAAUUACAAGAAAAACGUGAUGAGGAAGAACCACAAACGAUUCCAUCGAAUUCCGAUUUACAUAUCUAUGAUGAUCAAGUUGCGAUUUGUAUUGAAUCAAAGUCAAAAGAUCUCCAACCAUUACCACGUAAAUUUAUUAUCUGUUCAAGUAACGCAACGGUGACACAUUUAAAAAAAUUAUUGGCAAAAAUGAUACUUGAAGAUCCAUGUCAAUAUAGAAAGAUUGACAUCUACUUGGAUGAACAGAUCUUAGGCAAAGAUCAUACGAUGCGCUUUAUUUCCUUGACUAAAUGGCGUUAUAAAAUGCCGCCUAUUUGUUUAACAUACAGCGUAUCAGGAGACUGA